AUGCAGGAAUUUUUAUUGGUAAAUCCAUCGGGUCCACCACGAAAAGCGGUUUUAUUGGUCGAGUCAGAUGAGCAAAAAUCUGUCGAAAAACCACAGCAAAAUAAUGAUCCAAAAAAUCACGACGAAAAUACUCCAAAACAAUCUUCGGAAAAUCGUCAAAAUAAACAAGCUCCAGAUCAAAAACGUCGCGAUGAACAUGCACAAAAACAAGCUUCGGAACAGCAUCAAGAUAAGCAAGCUCAGACAUCUAAUAACGACCAAAAACGUCACGACGAACAUGCGCAAAAACAAACUUCGGUUCAGCGUCAAGAGGUGCGUCAAGAGGUGCAAGCUCAAGCAACUAAUAAGGAACAAACAAAUCACGACGAACAUUCACAAACAAAAUCUACGGUUCAACGUCAAGAGGUGCAAGAUCAAGUAGCUAACAAAGAUCAAAGCCAUGGCGAUGAUCAUACAACAAAAAACUUAGCGGACCAGCGAAAGGCUAUGCAAGCACAACCACCUGGACAAACCAAUAUUCCGGGACAACCAAAUCAACAAUUUCCUGUUCAAAUUCCAGCGAACAUGAAUUCAAUGCAAUUUGGUCAACAGUUUGGCAUUCCAAGUACUAAUCAAUCUUUGGACGCUAAUGCUUUUGCAGCUUUGCAAGCGCAAGCUAUCGCACAACGUGAAGCUUUACAAGAUAUUUCACAAAUUACGUCAACACAACAACCGUUACAAAUGCCUUCAAAUUUCAUUGGUGUUGCAUCGCAACAAGUACAUCAACCAGCUGCACCCGAUUUUUCAGCGCAAGUUCCGAUGCCUACUGCGAAUCCAGUAACCACUUUAUCUAACGACGUUCUGCAAGCUAAUAUGCUUGCAGCUGGUGGAGGGAGUGUACCUUUUAACGCUAAUGGUGGAAAUUCAGAACCAAGGGGAAUUGUACUAAAUGAAUUUGGACCAUCUACAAUGGAAAUGGAUUAA